GCACAGUGACUCGCCAACUACGAGGUAACAUAACCUCAAUUACUGUGACGGGGUCUCUUGUCAAGUUUCAGGGAUUUUUGAGAGUAUUUGGAAAGUAUUUGAGGAUUUAACUGGAGAAGAUGCCGGAGAGCACGAAGGCAGAGGCCAAGACGUCUAAGGAUGUGAAGGCGAGUAAGGAAGAGGAGAAAAAUGAAAUGUCCGAAGAGGACAAACUCCUUCAGGAGGAGCUCGACACAUUCGUGGAGCGUCUACAGGACUCCGACAAAAAGCACCACCACCCAGCCCUCGAGGCCCUCCGCACGAAAAUUCGCGAAUCAACUACUUCAAUGACGAGUGUUCCAAAGCCCCUAAAAUUCAUGCGUCCUCACUACGACACAAUGAAGACAAUCUACGAGAAACUGACGGACAAAAAAUCCCAGGAACUCUGCGCAGACAUAAUCUCAGUCCUGGCGAUGACAAUGGGCGAGGGCAGAGAGUGUUUGAAAUACCGUUUGAAGGGUUCAGCCUCAGAACUCGGCGAGUGGGGUCAUGAGUACGUACGCCACUUGUCCGGUGAGUUAGCAGCCGAGUGGGACGAGGUAAAUGGUGGUGACGAUGCUGAAACCAACACCGAUAAGCUGAUAACCCUAGUCCAGGAGAUAGUCCCCUACAACAUGAAGCACAACGCAGAGACUGAAGCCUGUGACCUCCUCAUGGAGAUCGAGAAGCUCGACCUGCUGGAGGACUACGUCGACGAAAGUGCUUAUCAGAGAGUCUGUCUGUACCUCACCAGUUGCGUUCCCUACGUGGCAGAUCCUGAGAACACGACUCUCCUGCGAGCUGCCUGGGCCUUGUACAGAAAAUACAGACAGUUCCCCCAGGCCCUGCGCCUGUCAAUGCAGCUGAACGACCUCAACCUCGUGCGCUACUGCAUCAUGAGCUGCAAAGACUUCUCCAUGCAGAAGCAGUUGGCGUUCAUGCUGGGUCGCCAGCAGAUAUUCCUGGAGUUGCCAGACUCAUCAGCUGAGUACGACGAACUAACGGAGAUCCUGUCAAACUCCCACUUGAACAAUCACUUUUUGAAUUUGGCACGAGAGCUCGACAUCAUGGAGCCCAAAACCCCUGAGGACGUGUACAAGUCUCACCUGGAAAAUUCUCGUCCACCAUUUGGUGGAGGACAGGUGGACUCUGCUCGUCAGAAUCUGGCAGCGUCGUUUGUCAAUGGGUUCGUCAAUGCUGCUUUUGGACACGAUAAACUGUUAAUUGGGGAUGGAAACAAGUGGUUGUAUAAGAAUAAGGAGCAUGGAAUGCUAUCAGCAACUGCAUCACUGGGACUGGUGCUACUGUGGGACGUCGAUGGAGGCCUGACACCAAUUGAUAAAUAUCUGUAUUCCUCUGAGGAUUACAUCAAGUCGGGUGCACUGUUGGCUUGUGGAAUAGUCAACUGUGGAGUGAGGAAUGAGUGCGAUCCUGCACUUGCUUUGCUGUCAGACUACGUUCUCCACAGCAGCAAUACCAUGAGGAUUGGAGCUAUCGUGGGAUUGGGAUUGGCUUAUGCUGGAUCGAAUCGAGAGGCAAUACUCACACUUCUGGCUCCAGUGUUGACUGAUCCAAAAUCUAAUUGGGAGGUCAUUGGUGUCACUGGUUUAGCUCUUGGUAUGGUGGCUGUUGGAUCCUGUAAUGUAUUCGUCACCACUAGUAUUAUGCACUGCCUCAUGGAGAAGUCUGAGACUGAAUUGAAGGACACUUAUGCUCGGUUUCUACCUCUUGGUCUUGCCCUGUGUUUCCUGGGAAAGCAGGAAGCUGCUGAGGCGAUCAUUGCUGCUCUGGAGGUUGUCCCUGAACCCUUCAGAUCCAUGUCGACUACUCUGGUGGAGGUUUGCGCUUAUGCUGGCACUGGCAAUGUGCUGAAGAUUCAGCAUCUUUUGCACAUCUGUUCUGAGCAUUAUGAGCCUAGUUCUGAUAAGGAUGACAAGGAUCGUAAUCAGAAAGACUCCAAGGAUAAAAAAGAUGACAAAGACAAGGAAAAGGAGAAGGACAAGGACAAGAAAGAUUCUAAGGAUAAGGACGAUAAGGACAAGCCGAAGGAGAAAGAUCUGAGCUCCAAACAGGCAAUUGCUGUUCUUGGAAUUGCUCUUAUCUCCAUGGGAGAGGAAAUCGGUGCUGAUAUGGCGUACAGAACGUUUGGACAUCUGUUGAGGUACUGCGAACCUGUUAUCAGACGAUCUGUUCCUCUAGCCCUUGGACUCAUCUCAGUUUCAAAUCCAAAACCAAACAUCGUGGAUACACUUUCGAAAUUUUCGCAUGACAGUGAUCCUGAGGUGGCUCACAAUGCUAUCUUCGCAAUGGGGUUGGUUGGGGCUGGUACUAAUAACGCAAGACUGGCUGCUAUGCUCAGACAACUGGCCCAAUUCCAUGCCAAGGACCCCAAUAAUCUUUUCAUGGUCAGAAUUGCUCAAGGACUGACACAUUUGGGUAAAGGAACUCUCACCCUCUCGCCUUAUCACAGUGACCGACAACUUCUGAGUCCUGUUGCUCUUGCUGGUCUUCUUGCGACACUGAUUGGCUUUCUGGAUGUCAAGAAUAUCAUCCUGGGAAGGUCCCACUAUCUUCUCUAUACUCUUGCUGCUGUUAUGCAGCCCAGAAUGCUCGUCACCUUCGAUGAAGAGUUGAAUCCUCUUCCUGUGCCUGUCAGGGUUGGUAUUGCUGUUGAUGUUGUGGGACAGGCUGGUAAACCCAAAACCAUCACUGGCUUCCAGACACACACGACACCGGUUCUACUUGCUUAUGGAGAAAGGGCUGAACUCGCUACUGAGGAGUAUAUACCACUUACUCCGAUUAUGGAGGGAUUUGUUAUUCUCAGGAAAAAUCCCGAAUUCGUUCCUUAGGGUUAGGUUUCAAUUAUAACUGCUACCUACUUUAUACUUCAUUUUUAAAUAAAAUAAAUUAAUUUUUUUUCUUGAACUAAA